GUGUGCUGGGUACCGGGCCGUCGGGAACGGGGUGAGGCACGCUGGAUCAGCCAUUUUGUUCACAUUGUUUCCGGGUGGGACAACUGCACAGAUUUCGGACGGCUCGUGACUGCUGGGAUACCUUGUAAAGAGUGGAGUUGAUUGGCAGACUGCGUAUAAAGCCAGAGCAGACGGGGUCCAGUUAGAUCAGCGGACAUCGAGCAGACCAGAAAACACUUGCGCACCGCCGGGCAGCCAUGGAUUCCGAACCGAUCAACAGCGACGAGUUUAAACAAGAAAGGGAUAGCUGGGAUCAGGAAGGGAAGCGCCCAGCCGAGGAUGAGGGGGGCCAGUCCAACAAGCGAGCUCGACCGCCACCACCGGUGGACCUGAGAAUCCUGCUGCAGAGCAAGAAUGCUGGAGCCAUCAUAGGCAAGCAGGGCUCAAACAUCAAGCGCCUGCGUUCAGAGUACAAAGCAACCGUUACCGUCCCUGACUGCACUGGCCCCGAGCGCAUCCUUACCAUAUCGGCUGACUUGAACACAGCGUGUGACUGCCUGCUAGAUAUCAUACCUGUGCUGGAAGAUUACCAGCAGCACUACCAGCAGCACAAGGACCUGAACUUUGACUGUGAGCUGCGCAUGUUGGUCCACCAGAGCCAGGCAGGCUGCAUCAUCGGCCGCGCGGGAUUCAAGAUCAAGGAACUACGGGAGCAAACUGAGGCAAACAUCAAGGUGUACUCAGAAUGCUGCCCAGGUUCCACGGAGAGGGUUGUUGCAUUGACUGGAAAGCCAGAGAAGUGUAUUGGUGCCAUCAAGAAAAUCAUCGAACUGCUGCAGAAAGCUCCCAUCAAAGGUCCCAACUCGCAGUAUGACCCCUUCCUGUACGACGAGUUCUACGCCGCAGAGUACGGCGGCUACACGUCGUAUGACGACACCCGCGGCGGCCGUGGUGGGGACCGGAGGGGCGGCUUCUCCGGGCGCGGCGGUUCCGGGGGCGGUCCCAGAGGACGCGGCGGCCCGCCCAGAGGCCCGCGGGGCGGCAUGUCCGGACAGCGGUCCGGGAUGGGAGGUUCCAUGGGCCAUCGCGACCACGACUUCCACGGCGGCCACGGGGGCGGAGGGGCCGGCGGGCCACGCGGUCCCCGCAUGAUGGGCUCGGAGAUGAGGUCUGGCCCCCCACCCGGCAGCAGGGGCAUGGGAGGAGGAGGGGGGCCGCCCCCCAUGCGCAACAGGGGGGGUAUGAUGUCCCAGGGGGGUCAAGGAGGCAGACCUGGCAUGGGUGGCAGUGACCGGAUGGGCGGCUAUGGCGGUGGUGGCCGUGACUUCACGCGGGACGACUACGGAGGUGGCAGCAGGUUCGGCAGAGACCGGGAUCGUGACGGGAUGGGAGGUGGCGGUUAUGGCGGCGGCGGUGGUGGCUUCAGAUCAGGCAAUGAUGGAUUCAGCGGCGGAGGCAACAUUAACUCAACACAAGUCACAAUUCCUAAAGAGCUGGCAGGUUCCAUCAUCGGCAGAGGGGGGUCCCGCAUCCGGUCCAUCCGGGAGAGGUCGGAGGCACAGAUCAAGAUCGACGAGCCGCUGCCCGGCUCCACCGACCGCAUCAUCACCAUCUCCGGCAACGACGACCAGAUCCGCAACGCGCAGUUCCUGCUGCAGAACAGUGUGCGAGGCGAUUCACUGAUGGGAGAUCAUGGGUACUGAAAAGGGUCAUGCGAAAGAACAGGUUUGUUUCCACCAGUGUGCAGAGGUUGUGUGCUGUUUAUUUUUUCCUUUGUUU